AUGUGGCAUUCGGAAGAUUCUCCAUUCCACAACUUUCGAAUAAUCCAACGAGCACGUCUUUUGUUGGACGUGAAACAUACACCAAUUUCCAUCAAACUCGACGCAACGUCUUCCAACUGCAGCUUUCUUUCGCCGCCAUAUUUCCAGCCAUGUCUUUUUUACCCACUUUCUUCAUUUUCAUCUUUCUUUUUUCUUUUUACUUUCUUUUUUUCUUUUUUCUUGUUUUCUUCUUUUUUCUUUCUUUCUUUUUACAUCUUUCUUUUGUUCAUUUUUCUUUCUUUCUUUCUUUCUUUUUCCCUCAUUCUUUCUUUCUUUUUUCCUUCUUUCCUUCAUCCCUUCUUUCUUUCUUUUUCCUUUCUCUCUUUCUUUCUUUUCUUUCUUUCGUGUUUCCUUCUUUCUUUCUUUCUUUUUCGUUCUUUCUUUCUUUUGUUCUUUUGUUCUUUUUCUUUCUUUCUAUAUUUUUCCUUCCUUCUUUCUUUCUUUCUUUUUUCUUCCUUUCUUUUUUCCUUCUUUCUUUCUUUCUUUCUUUCUUUCUUUCUCCUUCUUUCUUUUGUUCUUUUUUCUUUCUUUUUUCCUUCUUUCUUUCUUUCUUUCUUUCUUUCUUUCUUUCUUUCUUUCUUUCUUUCUUUCUUUCUGCCUUAG